CUUAAUUACUGUGAAGUGAUCCCAGCUGUUGAUCUCUGUUAGAAAGCCAGCAGAGGCGUUUGGGUUCACAGCUUCUUUCUUUGUUGAGAUUGUGUGGUGUUGCAUUAUGUGGCUUUUAAUUUUCGUCUGUGUGAUGACAGUUGUUGGCGGUGUUCCCAUACAUCCAACCCAGGAGGCCACCAGUCAUGCGCCAGAUAAUGGUACUGUCACUUCUAUGCUUGGUGUGUCAAAACCAUCCACUACAGAAGCUUUAAAAGUUAGUGUCGUCCCCUCAAAUAACACCCAUGUGACUACCGGUAGUCCUGCAACAGGUGUGGUUACUGUAGUGCUGGGGCCACAGCGACAUGGUGCAGAAACCUUAGAAGAGCUUCAAGGAGACAUGGCUGUCAAUGAGGGAGACAUGUUGAUGUCGGAUGACAGGAAUGCUGUGGAGAGCAUCUGGCCGGACGCCAUCGUACCUUACACCAUCAGCAAUGAGCUGGCUCAACAAGAGUCGAACAUCCUCAAUGCCUUCAAGAUGAUAUCAGAUGUCACCUGCAUUCGCUUCAUACAAUGCACCACAGAGUCGAACUCCCUCCUGAUCACAAGUGGCAGUGGCUGUUCGUCCUAUGUUGGUUGUCAGGGAGGUGUCCAGACGCUGUAUUACGGCAAGUCAUGUAGCCUGGGCAAUCUCUGCCAUGAGAUCAUUCAUGCUCUGGGGCUGCAUCAUGAACACACCCGCGAGGACCGCGAUCAAUACAUCAGCGUGCAGUGGCAGAGCAUCAUACCAGGGAGAGAAAAUAACUUCAUGGUGAAAAAUGGAGACACUCAGAACCUGCCUUAUGACCCCGAAUCCAUAAUGCACUAUGGACAGUAUUUUUUCAGUGUAGAUGGGAGUCCGACGGUGUUGUCAAGGCAGAAGGAAGUGGUCAUAGGUCAGAGAACACAUCUCUCCAACCUGGAUAUACUGAAACUCAACAAACUCUACGGAUGUGAAAAGGGAAAACAUGAGUAGGCUGGCUGACUGCAUUUGCUAUGAUUUAAUAAAAAUAACAAAUACUG